AUGGACGACGAGGGCGGCGACGGCGGGCGACUGGCCGCGCGCUACGACCGUCUGAUUGCUGCACUGAGUAGGAACGCGUUUGCUUCUACACGAGGUGACGACGCGUUUCCAUUUGCAGUGGCAGUGGCUGAGGCUGAGACGAGCGAGGCGCAUGGCCAGCAGCUGCUUGCGAGGACUGCGGCCACGAGCGUACGCUGUGCUGAGCUCAUUGCCGCGAGCUUAGAGACGAGUGGGGCGCUCGUGAAGCUGGAAAAGACGCUGCAAAGGGCGCACGCUUGCAGCGGAGAGGGCGACGAGCGGGAGAAGGACGAGGCGAUGGACUGCGAGGAAAAAGACAGAAGUGGAGACGGAGAGGGAGACGGAGACGAGGAGGCCACGACGUUGUUGCUGCAGGAUCUUGUGGCUGCUGGGGACGAGGCAGCGGACGCUGCUACGACGUACGUGCAAUUGGGUGUGGUCCGCAAGACAGCGCGGGCGAGUCGGGCGCUUUUGGCGUCGGCCGAGACCCACUUGCAGAAGCACUGGAUGGCCCGUGGGGACGCGCCUGCAGUUGGAGCCACUGCCGUGGCGAACGAGUUUCGCCAGUUGUACAUGGAGGAGUUCACCGCGGCGUUUGGUGACGAAUUGGACCAGUUUCGCCAGGAAGACCGCUUUGAGAGCAAGGACGUGACGUAUCUAAUCUCGUGCAUCCAGGCAGGAGGCGACAUUUUCACGCCGCUGCAGAAGCAGCUCUUUAUGGACUCUGUUCGGACCUGUCGAGAGUGA